ACACUGGAAUGCAGUUUCUUUGUUAUUCCGUUCAGUCAUUAGAAAGCCAUCUUUUCCCAACGGUAUUCAGUCAGAUGGGUGUACAUCUAUACUAACCAUAUGCAAAAAAUAAUUGAUCAAAAUGCGGUUAUUUGUUUUGGGGGGAGAAACGCCAAACAAUUGAGAACUACAUGUCCCAUGGCGUGUUGGUUAUAUUUUCCUGCACGCCGCCUCUCCCUCUGCCUGCGUGUUCCAAAGGAGGCUGUCAGGCUGAGUUCAGGGAAAACACAGAGCUGCCGAUCUGUCAAUCAUAAUUAGCAACCACAGGGAGUGAAACUGGGAGGAAGGUCGGUGAAACGCUACGUUUUUGGGUGAAAAGGCAUUGUACUUUCCGUGAAACAAUUAUGCGUCGGAAAGGAGAGGAAAAUAAGUAUCCUAGUGUGCUUACAAAUAUUUGUUCUACUUUGGAAGGAAUUGCAUAAAAGCGCGUUCACUGAAAGCCAAACUCGGCGAGUUUCACUUGCAAGCAACUAUUCUGCUUGGAGUGCGAAACAUAUCCAGAAGAAGGUAACCACGGACGCACGACACUUUGGGAUUUAAUUUGGCUAUUUAACACACUUCUUGACAAAAGAGGUUGAUACAUUUCAGAGGACUGUCGUAAAGUCGCUGUUGGUGACUCGCAGCGCAGACUAGGAGGUUCACUCAAAACAAUCUCGGCCCAAACAUCCAGACGGCGAGGAAGAAAGGAGGAAAGAUGAGCGGGGGAGAUGUGGUGUGCUCGGGCUGGUUAAGAAAAUCUCCUCCAGAAAAAAAGUUGAGACGUUACGCAUGGAAGAAGCGGUGGUUUGUUCUCCGCAGCGGCCGUCUCUCGGGCGACCCAGACGUGCUGGAGUACUACAAGAAUGAUCACGCCAAGAAGCCCAUCCGCGUGAUCGACCUCAACCUGUGUGAACAGGUGGACGCAGGGCUCACGUUCAACAAGAAGGACCUGGAGCACAGCUUCAUCUUCGACAUCAAGACCAUCGACCGCGUCUUCUACCUGGUGGCCGACACGGAGGACGACAUGAACAAGUGGGUCCGCUACAUCUGUGACAUCUGCGGCUUCAACCCCACGGACGACGAAGCGGCAAAGGCUGCCCACCAGGCGGCCAGCGGUGGCUCUGUGGUGGACACGCCCCCUCACCCUGGCCUGGGGGGUCCUCCGGCCAUGCUGACCAACGUGCCCCCUCCCUACCAGCCGGUCAGCGUGCGCCACCUGGACUCGGAGUCCAGCCUGGACGAACCCCAGGACUACCUGUGGCUGGUCAACUGUGAGAGCAAGAAGCCAGAGCCCAACAGCUCUGUGACUCCUCUCCCCCAGGAGUACCUCCUCCUGGAGGAGUGUGAGAGCAAAGGGGCUCCUUUGCCUCCCCAGGUUAAUCAAGCCCACGCCGAGUGUUCCAAGUCAACCUCGUCAGAGACGGACCUGAACGACAAUGUCCCCGCCCACCGCACGCCAACCUCCACUAGCUCCUCCUCUAAGCACGCCAACGGCUUCUUCUCCUCUGUCCUGCCCCCUCACCCCUCCUCCGCCUCCUCCAUCUAUGACUCUCCGCCUUCCCGUGGAGGCGACCUCUCUUCCAGCCUCUACCACCUCCCCCGCUCCUACUCCCAGGACACUGUGCUCCUUCCCAAGUCAGCCUCCGCCUCCUCGCCCCCCAUCCCGGUCGAAGGCGACGCCCCAGAGCUCUACGUCUUCAACGCGCCCUCGCGGAAGCCCUCCAUGGAGACUCAGAUGAGGAACCUGUCGGUUAGCUACGAUAUUCCUCCCACACCAGGCAGUAACUGUACCUAUCAGGUGCCUCGAGGUCCAGCGAGUGGUGGGUCUGAGGGUGGGGAUGGGAUGCCUCCGCCCCGGCCCCCCAAGCCUUCCCUCAGCUCCCUGACCCCGGGGCACCCGCCGCCCGCCGCGGAGCGCUCGCCCACGGACACGUACUGUGUGCCGCGCUCCAUGUCAGAGACGGAUGGGAACUACUGCGUGCCCACCAGCGCCGGGAACAAGGCCCUGAGGAGCAACACCAUCGGCACCAUGGACUCAUCACGCCUCAGGAAAGAUUUGGGCUCCCAGGACUGUUACGAUAUCCCUAGGACGUUUCCCUCUGACAAGAGCUGCUCGUUUGACUUCAACGAAAGCUUCAACAGCUACUUGAAAAACAAAGGCAUGAUGCCAGUGGGCAGCCAGUCCAUGGAGGAAGUUGACCAGAACUACGUACCCAUGAGCGCCAACUCCCCGUCCCACCACCGCUCCGGCAGCCUGUCGGGCUGUGAACCCAUCAUGGAACCCAACUAUGUCCCCAUGACCCCGGGCCCGGGCACCUUAGAGUUCUCCCUGGGCAAGCAGGUUCCCCCGCCGGCCCACAUGGGGUUUCGCUCAAGCCCCAAUACCCCACCCCGCAGGCCCAUGCUCAUCAGCGAUUGUCAGCCCCCGCCCGUGGACCGCAACCUCAAACCGGACCGCAAAGCCAAGCCCGCCCCUUUGGAGAUCAAGCCCCUACCUGAGUGGGAGGAGUCAUCGGCGCCCGUCCGCUCACCUGUCACCAGGUCUUUUGCUCGGGAUCCCUCCAGGUUCCCCAUGCCCCCCAGGCCUCCCUCGGUGCAUAGCACCGCCUCCAGCACCGACUCCGAGGACUGUGAUGAGAAUUAUGUAGCCAUGGUCUCUAAGGCAGACGAACUCAACAUGAAGCUGGGUGCGCCCAUGACGGCGGACGGGGGGAGCAGCCCAAUGGUGAAGCCCAAGGGAGACAAGCAGGUGGAGUACCUGGACCUAGACCUGGACCCUGGCAAGUCUACCCCACCACGGAAGAAGAAGAGUAAUGGGAUUGGUCUGGCGGUGUCAGAUGAGCGGGUGGACUACGUGGUGGUGGACCAGCAGCGGACGCAGGCCCUCAAGAGCACCCGGGAGGCCUGGAACGAUGGACGCCAGUCCACAGAGACAGACACCUCCACCAAAGGGCCCAAGUGACCCCCAGCUCACCCAGCUAUAGCCCCACGCUGCUGGGCCGCAGACAUUACUCCAAGCCCUGGCUCGGGCCCCGGCCUUCACCUCCUCCAGACUCCUAGUGUCGAAGUGAAGGGGCCGGCGGACCUCCAGGGCCGCUGAACUGUCUUUAGUUUACACUGCCAUCAGUCAGUCUGAGGACAGAACAGCGACAGCACAGCGCCCCUCUGUGGCAGACAGGGGGUAUGUGCCAGGAAUAAGCUGAAUGCAGUAUGGAUGCAAGUAGGUUUGAUUGAUGUAUCAGUCCUCACCUGCCUGAUAUGGGGACUAUGUAAAGACAUUACCACAUCCACAAAGACUUGGAGUCUGGAACACUUACUGCCACUUAUGGUGGAUUUCAGUUUAGAUUUUUCCUCUAGUUGGUUGGAGAAGACUUAAAGACAUUUCCUUUGAUUAAAUCACAACACUGUGGGACACUGUCUGGAGUCUGUUUUGGGAGAGAAUGAGUCAUCUCUCUUUCAGAAUGCUUAGUGUCUACUUAAUACUUUACUGCCAUGGUUGCCUAGUUUUGCUGGUAGGAAAUUGGGCCAUUUUUCUCUUGUACAGGUCUAAUAUUAUCCAAAACAUUGUAAGAGAGAACCAGGUUUUCUUAGUGAAAAACUUGUUGUGAAUGCAAGAAAAUAGAAAACAAGUAACUUUUUUCCGAAACGCAACUGACCAAGUGCUCAAUCAAAGGUUUGGAUUCACUGAAACGUCAUUUAAUCGACUGAGAAAUGAUUCUCUCUUCCUCGUUUAGUUUUUAGUGGAAGAGGAAACGGCUUGACAUUUGCAAAACAAAAAGAGUUGUACAAAGUGUUAUGUAUAUAAACAAAGUGUCCUUUAUUCAACACUAUAUACGGUGUGUGGUAAUUCUGCAGGGUGGAAUUCUAUACGCUCUCCGAGAUGGUAUCGGGACAUGUGAUAUGAAAUGACAGAAUCAACUGUGACGGCUUUUAACGGGAAGCUCCCCGACACUUUCUGUGAGUUAUGCAAAGGUGUCAGACGUAGGUUUAUAGGAGAGAGAGAAAUCAGGUACUCAUUCAAAUACUAAUAACAGCUAUUUCCAUUUCUAAUUUAUUUUGAGGUAUCUCAACGAUAGAUGUCCAAGUAAUCUAUAAACGGACAGAUUUGAUGCUAUAGAGCAAAGUGCUGUUAAAUGCCUUCUCAACGAGCGCCAGUCAAUUUGUUUCAGGAGUUUAUUAUUGUGAUGGCGUGUCGAUUUCAUUCUCUCUUAGGUUUUAAUUUAUUUCAAAAGGAUUUACACGCCCACCUUCUGGGGUCUGAUGUAUGUAUGCCUUACGAUCUACUUUACUUGAUAUGUCUUUGUAAAUAGUGAGAAAUUGUGAUGUUUUACCUAAAAAGAAAAUACUUCAGAAUCGUAGUGUUUUUUUUUUCUCAUGACUAUUGGCUUUACUAACUUUCCAGGGACCCUAUUCAGUGUCUUGAGUAGGAGUGCAGAAGCCGCUUUCCCAAAAGCAUCUUAAGGCUAAAUUCAUUGUUAGAACCAUAGGAUCCUACGGUUCUAAUGAUGAACUUAGCCUUGAGAUAGUUUUGGGAACCCGGCCCUGGUUUAGGAUCAGGUCUCCACUGUUCGUGUAAUCUUAGUCAUUGUAAAAGGCAAAACAACUGAUUCUAGAUCAGCACUCUUACGCUGAGAUUCUUCAUGAAUACAGGCCCAUUUCUCUCUAAGUCCUAAGCAUGUUUUACCAGGAGAAUUAGUCUUUGCUGUAUAUAUUUGCACCAACUAUUCCAGCAUGUAUCAUUUGAAUUGAAAAACUGUGCCUGUACUGUCAUUUCCAUACUACUUAAUUGUCACCAUCCCAUUGCAGGGUUGUCUUGUCUCGACACCAACUGCAAAACGUUGAUGCUUUAUCUUUUUUUUUUACCAAUCAAAAGAGAAACAUUUCCAUUUGAAAGUAAACUAAAUAAAACAACCUUUUUGGA